AUGUAUAAGUAUGUGGCAGAACUACACAUAGAUGAAGAAAGAAAGGAGAAGAACAGCAGAACGGAACACAGGUUGUCCUUGACAAUAAUUAUUUUCCAAAAGAAGAGUCAGGUGGAUUAUCGAGCAAAACUCUGGGCUUGCAACUUUUGUUAUCAAAGGAAUCAGUUUCCACCUACUUAUGCUGGUAUAUCUGAACUGAAUCAACCUGCUGAGCUUUUACCUCAGUUUUCUAGCAUUGAAUAUGUAGUUCUGCGUGGUCCUCAGAUGCCUUUGAUAUUCCUCUAUGUGGUUGAUACUUGCAUGGAAGAUGAAGAUUUACAAGCUCUGAAAGAAUCUAUGCAGAUGUCACUAAGUCUUUUACCACCUACAGCUUUGGUUGGACUUAUUACUUUUGGGAGAAUGGUACAGGUUCAUGAACUUGGAUGUGAGGGCAUUUCAAAAAGCUACGUGUUCAGAGGAACAAAAGAUCUGUCUGCCAAACAACUGCAGGAAAUGCUCGGACUCUCCAAAGUACCCGUUACUCAAGCAACACGUGGUCCUCAGGUACAGCAGCCACCUCCUUCCAACAGAUUCUUACAGCCAGUACAGAAAAUAGACAUGAAUCUCACAGAUCUUCUGGGAGAACUGCAGCGAGACCCUUGGCCUGUACCACAGGGAAAGAGACCUUUGCGUUCCUCUGGAGUGGCACUUUCCAUAGCUGUGGGACUACUUGAGUGUACUUUUCCCAACACUGGUGCUCGUAUCAUGAUGUUCAUUGGCGGUCCAGCCACUCAGGGGCCUGGAAUGGUGGUUGGAGAUGAAUUGAAGACACCUAUAAGAUCAUGGCAUGACAUUGAAAAAGACAAUGCCAAAUAUGUUAAAAAGGGAACUAAGCAUUUUGAAGCAUUGGCUAAUCGAGCUGCUACGACUGGCCAUGUUAUUGAUAUCUAUGCCUGUGCAUUAGAUCAGACAGGUCUCCUGGAGAUGAAAUGUUGUCCCAACCUUACUGGAGGAUACAUGGUAAUGGGUGACUCUUUCAACACUUCCUUAUUCAAGCAGACUUUUCAAAGAGUCUUUACCAAAGAUAUGCAUGGACAGUUUAAAAUGGGCUUUGGUGGUACAUUAGAAAUAAAGACCUCAAGGGAAAUAAAGAUUUCAGGAGCUAUUGGACCCUGUGUGUCUCUCAAUUCCAAAGGACCUUGUGUAUCUGAAAAUGAAAUAGGAACAGGUGGUACUUGUCAAUGGAAGAUAUGUGGACUCAGCCCCACUACAACCUUAGCUAUAUAUUUUGAGGUUGUCAAUCAGCAUAAUGCUCCAAUUCCUCAAGGAGGGCGUGGUGCAAUCCAGUUUGUGACUCAGUAUCAGCAUUCAAGUGGGCAGAGACGCAUCCGAGUGACCACCAUCGCUAGGAACUGGGCAGAUGCUCAAACUCAAAUCCAAAACAUUGCUGCGUCUUUUGACCAGGAGGCAGCUGCCAUUCUUAUGGCCCGGCUGGCAAUCUAUAGAGCAGAAACAGAGGAAGGACCAGAUGUGCUUAGAUGGCUAGACAGACAGCUCAUUCGAUUGUGUCAGAAAUUUGGAGAGUAUCACAAAGAUGAUCCAAGUUCCUUCAGAUUUUCAGAAACUUUCUCCCUUUAUCCACAGUUUAUGUUUCAUUUAAGAAGAUCUCCUUUCUUACAAGUUUUUAACAAUAGUCCUGAUGAGAGUUCAUAUUAUCGUCACCAUUUUAUGCGUCAAGAUUUGACCCAGUCCCUAAUCAUGAUUCAGCCUAUUCUGUAUGCGUAUUCUUUUAGUGGACCCCCAGAGCCGGUUCUUCUUGAUAGCAGCAGCAUUCUUGCGGAUCGCAUUCUUCUCAUGGACACAUUCUUCCAGAUUUUGAUUUAUCAUGGUGAGACCAUUGCACAGUGGCGCAAGUCAGGAUACCAGGACAUGCCAGAAUAUGAAAAUUUCCGCCAUCUUCUACAAGCCCCUGUGGAUGAUGCACAGGAGAUUCUUCACUCCAGAUUUCCAAUGCCAAGAUACAUUGACACUGAACAUGGAGGUAGCCAGGCCCGUUUCCUGCUUUCAAAAGUCAACCCUUCCCAGACUCAUAAUAAUAUGUAUGCCUGGGGACAGGAAUCUGGAGCACCUAUUCUCACAGAUGAUGUUAGUUUACAAGUGUUUAUGGAUCACUUGAAGAAACUUGCUGUGUCAAGUGCUGCUUGAAGUGCUAAACAUAUUAAGGACACUUAAGAAGAUGAAAUUAUUUCAAUUUCAUUUUUUUCCUUUUUCAGUUUAUCUGUGGAAACUAACAGGUAUCUCUAGACUCUUUGUAUUAGUAUGGUUUGAGACAACAUGUGGAAAAAUGUUCACAUUUGUAGAUUAAGCUGGAAUAUAAGAGCAAUAAGAACAAAUUUAUUUAGUUUGCCACAGUAUUAUGACUGGUUUUAGAAAUCUGAGGUCUUUAUAACUUAAUUAUGUUAAAGAGUAAAAAUGGAGUUGGCCUUGUAUUACAGAGAUGUAACUUGUUUGUAUAUUAUAGAAAAAUCCAAAGUGGCACUGAAUGUCCUUGCUAACUUUUUGAAAACUUGUUUCUUGAUUUUAACCAGAAAGUGAACAAAAUCAUCAACAGUAAUGAUAAAUGUGAACAUUUUUGCCUGUUCAUUGAAAUAUAUCUGUGAUUUUCAAGCACUUAUGCGUAUACUUUUUCUGUACUUAUUCUGUUAAGGCAGAUUUAUUUUUAUGAUGAUUUGCUUAGGAAUUCUUUGACUUUAUAUAAGGUAAUUUUCACAAAGAUAAUUUAAUGUUUUUGGUCAUUUGGAAAAAUAGUUUAGAGAUGAAAAGUUUCUGGGGUAGCAGUUCCAUAACAGACAAAAAAUGUGAAAUUUCCAUAAAGUACCCAACUUACGUGAUUAGACAUGAUAAUUUUUUUUUUAAAAGGGUAAUAGAAAAUAAACAAACCAUUUUGUCAUAAUGUAUUUUAGGAAGUCUGCAGUAAAGUAACUGUUGUCACUACUAAACCAAAAUUGAUUUUUACUGCAUGGUUAUGCUGUUUUCCCUUGUUUUCUGAAGUAAAUUUUACAUAUAUCCUUCAGUAUUUUAACACUAUUUUGGGAGUUUACAUAUUACUUUUUAUUUUUGCUUCCAUUUUGUGAAAUGUAUUAAGUUCUUAUUGAAACAGUAUUAUGUAAUAUUUUGUUGGAUGAUAUCAUGUGGUGAUGCUCAGUUUUAUUUUGAUUUAUUCAUUAGUAUCAUUCACUUUUACCUUUUAAAGUUUACUUGUAGCAAAUGUUUACAUUGCUAAAGCCAGAUGUUUGACAAUGAAAUUUAUAUCAAGUACUGCAAAUAAAAGGUGGUGCUAUGAUAAAUGCUUAGAAGGGCAGUUUGAUGAUUGUACUUGCAUGAACACAAUCAUAUGAUAAAACAGAAACUUAAAAAAAUUGUUCAUAUGUUAUAUUCAGUUAAAUAAAUUUCUCUGUUCCAUUUGAAUUGAACUGUGCUAGGCCUAAAUACCAAUAAAAUAUACUUUUUCUGUGUU